GCCCGGCCAUCUUGUGGGAAGAGCUGAAGCAGGCGCUCUUGGCUCGGCGCGGCCCGCUGCAAUCCGUGGAGGAACGCGCCGCCGAGCCACCAUCAUGCCUGGGCACUUACAGGAAGGCUUCGGCUGCGUGGUCACCAACCGUUUCGACCAGUUAUUUGACGACGAAUCGGAUCCCUUCGAGGUGUUGAAGGCGGCAGAGAACAAGAAAAAAGAAGCCGGCGGGGGCGGCGUUGGGGGCCCUGGGGCCAAGAGCGCAGCUCAGGCCGCAGCCCAGACCAACUCCAACGCGGCAGGCAAACAGCUGCGUAAAGAGUCCCAAAAAGACCGCAAGAACCCACUGCCCCCCAGUGUUGGCGUGGUUGACAAGAAAGAGGAGACGCAGCCACCCGUGACGCUUAAAAAAGAAGGAAUUAGACGUGUUGGAAGAAGACCUGAUCAGCAACUUCAGGGUGAAGGGAAAAUAAUUGAUAGACGACCAGAAAGGCGACCACCUCGGGAAAGACGGUUUGAAAAACCACUUGAAGAAAAGGGUGAAGGAGGAGAAUUUUCAGUUGAUAGACCAAUUAUUGACCGGCCUAUCCGGGGUCGUGGUGGUCUUGGAAGAGGUCGAGGAGGCCGUGGACGUGGAAUGGGCCGAGGAGAUGGAUUUGAUUCUCGUGGCAAACGUGAAUUUGAUAGGCAUAGUGGAAGUGAUAGAUCUUCUUUUUCACAUUAUAGUGGCCUGAAGCACGAAGACAAACGUGGAGGUAGCGGAUCUCACAACUGGGGGACUGUCAAAGAUGAAUUAACAGAGGGCCCCAGAUACAUUCAGAAACAAAUGUCUUAUAAUUGCAGUGACUUGGAUCAAUCGAAUGUGACUGAGGAAACACCUGAAGGUGAAGAACAUCCAGUGGCAGACACUGAGAACAAGGAGAAUGAGGUUGAAGAGGUAAAGGAAGAGGGUCCAAAAGAGAUGACACUGGAUGAAUGGAAGGCUAUUCAAAAUAAGGAUCGGGCAAAAGUAGAAUUUAAUAUCCGAAAACCAAAUGAAGGUGCUGAUGGGCAGUGGAAGAAGGGAUUUGUUCUUCAUAAGUCAAAGAGUGAAGAGGCUCAUGCUGAAGAUUCGGUUAUGGACCAUCAUUUCCGGAAGCCAGCAAAUGAUAUAACGUCUCAGCUGGAGAUCAAUUUUGGAGACCUUGGCCGCCCAGGACGUGGUGGCAGGGGAGGAAGAGGUGGACGUGGGCGUGGUGGGCGUCCUAAUCGUGGCAGCAGGACUGACAAGGUAAUUUUAAGAGUUCUUUUCCCCCUUUUAAGUAAUUCACAUACCUCUUUUGGUAAAGCGCUGGCUGUGUGCUUUUGGGGGAUAUAAAAAGAAGUAGAAAAAGAAAAUGAUAGACUCCAAUAAGAUACAUUUUAGGUCAUAUUUUUUAAAGCACUUAAAUACAAUCUGUUUUUGAAUAUUUGCUCAAAACUGUUGUUUUGAACUUGUUUUGCUUAGAGCUCUCAAUGGAGUUAAGUUUCCACCCUUUAUUGGGUGUUUAUUAGGUACUGUGCUACACAUUUUAUGGAUGUAUGAUCACUAAUACGGUGACAUCCCCAUUUUCAGUAGAAGAAACUCAGGUACAGGGAACCAAGUUAAGCCUUGAUCUUUACUAAGGUUUACCUGAAAUACCAAUCUGUUCCCUUUACUUUGAUGAUUUUGAUAAUUCCUCACUCCUUUUUACAUCUCAGUCUAAUGUACUCCUUGCGUCCAUCUUAUACAGUUCCUCUUGUGGCACUCACUAGAUGGCUGUGGUCACCUUUUUUGUUGUUUUUGUUGGUCUGGAUUUCUUACUAAACUGCCCUGUGAGGACUGGCAUUCAUUUCUGUCCUACUUUCACAGCAUCUGCAAUAUUAUGUAUGUGGCACAAAAUAAGUUCUCAAUAAAUACUUUUAUAGAGGCCCUUGUAAUUAGUAGACUCGAACUCAGAUCUGUCUGAUGCCAAAGUCCAUGCUUUUAAUGACUAUAUGCUAUUAAAGUACUAAAGGUAGUAAACCUUUGUGUUAUUUCAUCGUCUCUUAGGGUUUAGCUAGGAAACAACCAUAAUGUCCUCCUGAAUUCUCUCUCUGAUAAGCAAGUUGGGGAACAUGGCCACUUGAUUCAAUUUGUCAGUGUUUUGUUUUAUAAUGGUAACUUAGUAUUAUAGGUUUUAUGGUUAUCAGUGGCAGUGUAGUGGUAUUUGUUUCUGUUACUGCCUCUGAAAAUUUUUAAAGGCCCGUGUUGUAUAUAUAGGCCUUUCAAUAUCUUUUUCAAAAGUUUUGUUACUUGUACUUUGGGUUAAACUUAGCCAUUGGGCCUUUUCCUAGCAUUGAUGAAUAUGCUACUUAAAUAAUUGCUAAUUGAUUUCUUACCUGCUUUCAAAUCAUGCCAUUCUUUAGGAAAUCUGCAGAGUGUAAUAAUACUGAACCAAAAGUAAGACUCCACGUUCAUACUCCAUGUGAGUCUACUGUGUGAUUUAUUAGAAAAACAAAACAAAAAUCCCAUGAUGAUUACUAGAGAAUUUUCAUAGGUCUUGAAAUUUAGGACAGAGUUCAUUGCAAAUAUUCAUAGUCCCAUUCUGAUCCAUAAUUUUGCUUUUUAAGUAAGAGCUUUGACACAUUUUACUUAGUGUUAUAACAUCAAGAUUUUUUAGAGUUCUCUGUCUGAUUGUAGACACUGGUAAUCCAUUUUCAAGAUUUGAGAAUUGUGAUUAAUUUUGAUUUGUUUCUUUUUCAGUCAAGUGCUUCUGCCCCUGAUGUAGAUGACCCAGAGGCAUUCCCAGCUCUGGCUUAACUGGAUGCCAUAAGACAACCCUGGUUCCUUUGUGGACCCUCCUCUCUGAGGCUUUGCAUGCUUAAGGAUCCCAAACGACUAAGAAAUUUAAAAAAAAAAAAAAAAAGACUCAUUCAUACCAUUCACACCUAAAGACUGAAUUUUAUCUGUUUUGAAAAUGAACUUCUCUCGCUACACAGAAGUAACAAAUAUGGUAGUCAGUUUUGUAUUUAGAAAUGUAUUGGUAGCAGGGAUGUUUUCAUAAUUUUCAGAGAUUAUGCAUUCUUCAUGAAUACUUUUGUAUUGCUGCUUGCAAAUAUGCAUUUCCAAACUUGAAAUAUAGGUGUGAACAGUGUGUACCAGUUUAAAGCUUUCACUUCAUUUGUGUUUUUUAAUUAAGGAUUUAGAUGUUCCCCCAAUUACAGAGCGAUUUUAAAUAUUGGACAUAAUACCGGUUUUAAUACCUGCUUUGCAUUUUCACACAUGGUCAGCUGAGACAUGUAAACUUGAUUUGUCAAAUUUUAUGCUGUGUGGAAUACUAACUACUUUAUGUAUUUUAACUUAGUUUUAAUAUUUUCAUUUUUGGGGAAAAAUCUUUUUUCAAUUCUCACGAUAGCUGUUAUAUAUGCUAAAUCUUUAUAUACAAAAGUAUCAGUACUUGAACAAAUGCAAAGCACAUUGGUUUAUUAACCCUUGCUCCUGCAGUGAUGCAUGGUUCAUUAGGUUCAAAUUACACUUGAUUCACGAUUUCAACUAUAUGACUUUCCCAUCUUAAAAAACAAAUUAGAUACGUUAUUGGUGAAAGUUGUUUACGCUUAUUGUUGAUAGACAAAUCCUGUCGAGUGAAGUAGCUACAUGGGUGUGGAUUUUUUCCCCCUCCAACAGUGUGGGUGGAAUAGGUCAAUUUGGCUAAUGCGUAAUAUUUAAAUUCUGUAAAAUAAGUAUCUGGCCCUUCAGUAUGAUUUGUAUAUUUGAAAGGUCCCAAAAUCAAAAUUGUACUUCUGUAAACAACUCUUUAACCCUUCGUUGUUCUAAAGAAACCAAAGGGCACUGGUUUGUAUGGUUAGGGGGGAGUAUUUUAAUUUCUGGAAUUUGGAAAGCAGGCAGCUUUACUUUAUAAGGUUAGAACAGCAGCACUAUCCAUGAAAUACAAACCAAAAACCUUACUGUUUCUGAAUUUUCUAUAUUGCUAUUAAUUUUGAUCUUCAGUUGAUAGAUGAAUGUUUGCUCCACAAAAGGUGACAAGUAUCUUUUUCCUCUUCCACCAUUAGAAAAUUAGGUUAAUAAUGGAUUCCUUGAAUGGGAGCAUCACCACUUAUUAAAACAUACUUGGAGAGACUGAUCAAUAAACAAGUUUUCUAGGAUUUUUUUUUUUUUUUAUUUUUAUUUGCCACCAUUUAUUGAUGAACAGGAAAGAAAUAUUUUGUUUCAGAGGUCUUUGAUCACUCAAUAAUUUUUAGUAAUUUUUUACCUGUGUAUGGUAAUGCCUGGUUUUAAAAAUAGGGAAGAUCUUAAAUUUUAAAAUGUCUGUUUAACUGAUUGGUUCUCGCAUAUAUUUUAACAGAAAUUGUACAGUAUAAGAAUUAUUUAUUUGGAUUAGAUUUAUUCACCUAAUCACUAGUCUGACAUCUUAGGGAAGAGAGAAUUAUUCUUCAGUGGUGGAUAAAACUUGUGCUGGUGUUUUGGAUCUUAUGAUGCUGAGCAUGUUCUGCACUGGUGCUAAUGUCUAAUACAAUUUUAUAUUUACAAACAAACCUGCUACCCAGAGGCAAGUAUUAUUUAGUCCACACGGACUUUUGACCCCCCUUGAGAAUGCAGCAUACACACUCCUAAAUCAGUAUGUUUAGAUUUGAGCGUUUAACUCGUUCCUGAACAUGUGACAUUAGUUCACAAAUCUCUUGAUUUCUAGCAGCAUUACAGAAAACACCUGCUGUUAAGUAAAAAUACUUUGCAGGUUCUGCUCACUGUCAGCCAUUGCUGGCAGUCUGUCACGAGAGAACACAGCAAUAUCUGGUAUGUUGCAAGCUUUCAAGAUAGCUUGAACUUAUGUUGAUCCAUUAGUUGUAUCUGAUGGAUGUAAAUUGCCUCCUAGUUCAAUUUGUCAAGAACUAAAACUGUGAACCUAAUUUUCUCUUUUUGGUGGGUAAUAACUGAAAAUAAAGAUUUAUUUUCAUGCUCACUUUUUAAAAAGUUAU